AUGCGAAUCGCCCAUUUUGUUGAUGGGGAGAUGACCCUGGAGGAGCCAACGAGGGUGAGGCCGUUCCACGCCGUGCUGCAGAACCCCAGCUUCUCCCCUCUGGGCGUGCUCUGGAGGAAAAUACAGUCAAAAUGCCAGGCAAAAGUCCACUCCCUGGCACUGCUCUACCGGGCACUCAGGGCUGCGAACACAACCCUGCACCUCUACCUGAUCCCCAACGACCGCUCCCUGAGACAGGCCGUUAGUGACCAUGAGUCCAAAUGCCCCUCGGUGCGUGUGCACAAGCCUUCCAGGACCAAGCCCUUGAAAUUUGGCUCCUGUUGUGUGGUGUCCAGCUCAUCCCAGCUUGAGGUGAUACCUGAGGAGCUGGAGUUCUGCUAUCUGGGCCCCAAGCUGGAGCAGCCGUACCUGGAGAUCUACACCCGGGACAUGCAGGAGGGGCUGCAGCUCAGCCUGCUGGAAAAGAUAGAAGGGGAACCGAUCUGGAAGGCCUUGGUGAGACCAGAAGACGUGAUGGUCUGUGUUUCAUCUGCCCAAAUGCAGACAGGAGAACAUUUCAUCGACCAGCACCGAGAGCAGCUGAUCCAGCGGGUGCGCCAAGUGGACGGCGUGCUGGAUAAACUGUACAGCACCGUGCUGGACGACGAGCAGUACCAGAGCAUCCGAGCCGAGAGAACGGACCCGGAGAAAAUGCGGAAGCUCUUCGACCUGCUCCCGAGUUGGAACCGGGCCUGCAAGGACCAGCUCUACCAGGUGCUGGAGGCCAAGCAGAAAUUCCUCAUCCGAGAGCUUAAGGGGCCGUAAGACUGGCUGCCCUGGCUCACACCAGGGGCCCAUCUAGCUCAGUGUCCUGUCUGUGACAGGGGCCAGUACCAGCUACUUCAAAGGAAGGUGCAAGACCCUCCUCCUUGACAAUUCUGCACUAAUCUGCCCAUGGUGGGUGAAACCCAGUGUCCCCAACUGGGAAAUCCAUUCUGCUUCCUUAAAACCUUUCCUGGCUGUGACACUUUGUACCUCAAAAGCAGCACCCUGGAACCCCUGUAUUCACCACAGUCAUGGAAUUAUUAUACGUUUUGUACAGA